AAAUCUUUUAGAUGUGCAUAUAUUUAGUUAUCUUGGUCAUAGGUGUCAUUGGAAAUGGACUCGUCAUCUUUGUGACCGGCUACAAAAUGAAGACGACAGUCAACUCCAUUUGGUUUCUCAACUUGGCGAUUGCAGACAUCCUUUACAUUUUGUUCUUGGUUUGCAGAGUGUUUUUAAUUUUUUCAAACUACAACUGGCCAUUUGGUGACAUGUGUAAAUGGGCUUUGUUUGUGAUGACUCUAAAUAUGUUCGCAAGUGUUUUCUUUCUGACAGUUAUCAGUGUGGAUCGAUGUCUGUGCACAUGGUUUGUUGUUUGGGCUCAGAACAAGCGAACUUUAGUCAAAGCCAGAAUCAUCUGUGUAUUUGUGUGGAUUUUAUCCAUCUACUGCAGCCGCCCUUCUAUCUAUAUAUAUAGCUCGAUAAAGAUAUAUGGUGGAUUUAAAUGUUUCUACAGUGUUAACAAACACAUGUCACAGCUCACAGCCAAGUUUGUGGUGGGCUUUCUAAUUCCAUUCUUGAUCAUUGUAUCUUCAUACACAGCUAUUGGUGUGCGAGUAAAACGUCUGAAAACAGGAAAGCAGCUUCGAGUUUACCGGAUCAUAUCUGUGAUUCUGGCUUUUUUCAUAUGCUGGUUUCCUUUCCAUGUUCAACAACUGUGUUUGAUAAGUUCAGUGAGCUAUAACUGGAGUUACAGUGCUAGAAAGAAACUUCAUGCUGCAUUUCCUUUUGUAGACGGUCUGGUUUAUGUAAAUAGUUGUCUGAACCCCAUUCUCUAUGUGUUCAUGUGUGAUGAGUAUAAGAAGAAACUUAAAAAGUCUCUCCUGCUGGUGUUUAAGGGGGCUUUUAUUGAAUAG